UUAGUUAUAUCAACUUGUGUUCUCUCUCUUCACUUUUUCGUUUUUUUUCUUUUUAAUUAUAAAUUCGUUUUGGCACACACACAUACACACCCACCCACACACUCACUCUUACUUUGCAGUCACUCGUUAGAGGUUCAUGAAGAGUUGUGCGUACUAAAUAAAUUUUGGGGUAACAAUAAAAGAGUGAGAUGAAUAACAAGAAGAUGACUGCGCAACGCGUGCAUUCACUGGGCCUGAUGGACAAGACGCUGCCACUGACGGUUGCAACGCCGCCUCAGUUGCGACAUCGACGCCACUUUCAUUUCAAUGGCAUGCACUUUGAGGCGAAUCCAUUGGCGUUGCACUUGGCGCGUGGCAUCCAAGAUGAUGCUGGCGACACGAGACGAUGGCCCAAGGCAUACCACAACAACAACAACAACAAUAAAUCAACAGUGCAACAGCAACAGCAGCAGUCGGAGCAGCAGCUAAGUGGCAAUGACAACGGGCACAACCGGACACAAAAUUGGUGCGAUGAUGACAAUAAAUGGCUGAACUAUGGCCACAACUACGGCAAUGAUUGCUAUCGACAAAAUGACUACGACAAGGCUGGCGGCGGCGAAGAUGUCUACGGCGGCGACACAAAUAAUGAUUACCAUGACCACCAUGACCAUGACAAUCAGCGUGUGCAACAAGUGAUGGGCAAGGGCAGCAGACAGCAGCUGGUCGAACAGGAUUAUGCGAACUAUAAAUCGAACUCGAACUGCAAUUGCAAUUCAAUCUCGAGCAACUCGAACAGCAAUUUCGAAACGAACUCCAACUCGAACUUGCAACAUCAGCAGCAGCAGCAGCAGGUGGCGGAUAUUUAUCACAACUAUGGCUAUCAGCAGCAAAAGGAUUACGAGCAAGACAGAGACUGGAAGCAGGAAACUGAACGGGAGCGAGAACGUGAACGUGAUCGUGAAUGCAAUCGAGAGCAGCGACCGCGUCUUUAUAAUAGAGCUGCCUUUCGACCCUUUGGCCAGCAGCAUCAGCAGCUGCUGCGUAUGGCAGGCGGCUUUCGAGCCGCUGCACUCGCAGCCGCAACUGGAAAUGGAAAUGGAAACGGAAUCGGAAUCGGAGCUGAUCAGCCCCAAAUGGAUUACAUUACGUUGACCGGCUUUCUGCUUGGCUAUCUCACAUCGAAUGUGCUAUUCUUUCUAUGCUGGUACUUUAGCUGGCUGAAGGGUCAGGUGAUGCGUAUGCGCAAGCAUUUUCUCGGCCAAUCCAAUCUGUGGGAGUUCUUUGACUUUGAGGACACCACACGCUAUUCGAUGCAAACGAAACUGUUGCUCGCCCCCAUCAUACUCGUCUGCAGCAUAUUGUACUGUGUGGUCAAUGUGCUGCAUCUGCUGAUCAAACUUGUGCGCGCCGAUGUCCCGCGCACCGUUGUCGACCUCGUGCAGCGCAUCGCCAAAAGUCACUGGCCCUAAGACCAGACGAAUGAACGGGGAUCUGUGACUCACUGCUGAGACAAAGGAGCUGGCAUAAAAGCACCCGCAGGCAUGCACUAAGAGGAAUUUCGGAACACGCAGGCGCAAUCAGACAAACUUCAUCUUCGAACACACACUUAUUUGAUAAUAAAUUGAUCUAGUUAACGUGUAAA